AUGAGGAAGACACGCCCCCUUUACAAUCUUCUUCAUUCCUACUUCCUGUGUGCAGCCAAGCCCCGCCCUCUACUGACGUGUGCAGUCAAGCCACGCCCCCUUACUGGCUCUUUAUGUCUUCAUGCUUUCCUUGUUUGUGUGUUUCAUGUGUGUUCCACGCAUGUUUCAUCUAUGUUUCAUGUGUGUUCCAUGCAUCUUUCAUCUAAGUUUCAUGUGUGUUUCAUGUGUGUUUCAUGUGUGUUCCACGCAUCUUUCAUCUAUGUUUCAUGUGUGUUUCAUGUGUGUUUCAUGUGUGUUCCACGCAUGUUUCAUGUGUGUUUCAUGUGUGUUCCACGCGUGUUUCAUGUGUGUUCAACACAUGUUUCAUGUGUGUUUCAUGUGUGUUCCACGCAUGUUUCAUGUGUGUUUCAUGUGUGUUCCACGCAUGUUUCAUGUGUGUUUCAUGUGUGUUUCACGCAUGUUUCAUCUAUGUUUCAUGUGUUUCAUCUCUUUUAUACGUGUUUCAUGUAUGUUUCAUGUGUGUUUCACAUAUGUUUCAUGUGUGUUUCAUGUAUGUUUCAUGUCUGUUUCAUCUGUUUUAUGCGUGUUUCAUGUAUGUUUCAUGUGUGUUUCACGUAUGUUUCAUGUGUGUUUCAUGUGUGUUUCAUGUGUGUUUCAUGUAUGUUUCAUGUGUGUUUCAUCUGUUUUAUGCAUGUUUUAUGCGUGUUUCAUGCAUGUUUCAUGUGCGUUUCACGUAUGUUUCAUGUGUGUUUCAUGUGUGUUUCAUGUGUGUUUCAUCUGUUUCAUGUAUGUUUCAUGUGUGUUUCAUCUAUGUUUCAUGUAUGUUUCAUGUGUGUUUCAUGUGUGUUUCAUGUAUGUUUCAUCUGUGUUUCAUGUAUGUUUCAUCUGUGUUUCAUGUAUGUUUCAUGGGGGGAUCCAUUCUAUCUCAUUCCUUAGGUGAUGAUUCGAUUCUGAAUCGAUUCUCAAGUCAACAUGAUACUCUAUUCAAACCGAUUCUCACAAUGGAUUGUUUGAUAUAUGAUAUGAUAUGUACAUAUAUGUGAGUGUGUGUAUGUGUAUAAAUAUAUAUAUAUAUAUAUAUAAUAUAUAUAUGUAUAUGUGUGUGUAUACAUAUAUAUAUAUAUUUGUCUAUGUAUAUAUGUUAUGUAUGUAUAAAUGUAUACGUAUAUAUGUAUGUAGAUAUAUACAAAUAUAUGUAUGUGUAUAUAUGUAUAUAUAUAUAUAUGUAUAUGAAUGUGUAUACAUGUGUGUGUAUAUACAUGAAUAUCUCCCACCUCCAAAGACAUGCACCUGGGGAUAAGUUGAUUGGCAACACUAAAUGGUCCCUAGUGUGUGAAUGUUGUCUGUCUAUCUGUGUUGGCCCUGCGAUGAGGUGGCGACUUGUCCAGGGUGUACCCCGCCUUCCGCCCGAUUGUAGCUGAGAUAGGCUCCAGCUCCCCCGCGACCCCAAAGGGAAUAAGCGGUAGAAAAUGGAUGGAUGGAUGUAUGUAUAUAUGUAUGUGUAUAUAUAUGAGUAUGUAUGUAUAUAUACAUAUAUGCAUGCGUGCGUGUAUGCAUGUGUGUGUGUGUGUAUGUGUAUAUUCUAAUGUGUAUAUGUAUAUUCUAAAUCAAUUCAUAAUUUUCAAAAAUCUAUGUAAAAAUAAUACAUAUUGAAUAGAACAACAUAUAUACAACAUACAUAUAUCUUUUUUUUAAAAUAGAUUUCUGAAAAUGUCAUAAUAAUUUUCAAAAGUGAUUAAAAAUAUAUAUAUAAUCGAUUUUUGAAAAUUCUGAAUUUUUGUAUAAUCAAAAUGAAUAACAAUCGCGAUAUGGAUUUGAAUAAUUUUUCGUGCACCCAUAUAUAUAUAUAUAUAUAUAUAUAUAUAUAUAUAUAUAUAAAAUGAUAAUUUCCAUGUCUGUAUGUUUGAUGUAUAUUUUCCAUGUACAGUUGCACCUUAGCAUAUGAUUAUAAUUGUUAAUAUUUACCACUGGAUGCCUUGUUGACCUGUAGAACACAACACACACUGCUGCUUGUGUACAGAAAUAAUGUUUUAUAUAUAUAUAUAUCCAUGUAGAUAUAUAUAUA